UCGAUCCCACAGAAAGCCAGGCUGUGCUGAAGAUAGGCAGCAACUCCUACUCAUGCUCUAGGUCACUGGGCACCCACAACUUGGAGCUGCUCUGCAUGGGAUUCGCAGCUGCCUGCUCAAGGCGGCCAGAGGGGCCUGCUCCCCUGUCAGAUCUCCAGCCUGUUGCAGGGACAUACUGGCCUCUGUUCCCUCAGCUGCUUGGGAGAAAUAGGGUUUCAUUUUCCUUCACCAAUACUUCAAGGCACAGAGGAGCUGGUAAAGGCAUUGCCAUGAAACCUAACUUGAAGCAAUGGAAACAACUCAUGCUGUUUGGGAUCUUUGCAUGGGGUCUACUUUUUUUGGUGAUCUUCAUCUAUUUUACAGAUAGCAACACUGCUGAGCCAGUUCCCAGUUCCUUUUCUUACAUUGAAACUAAGAGGCUUCUGCCCAUUCAGGGCAAGCAGAGAGUCAUAAUGGGUGCCAUACAUGAUCCGUCAUUCUCUGAAACUAUUGAUGAGAAUGAGGUACUUCUUAAUGAAGAUCUUUUAGGUACAUUUAAAUCGGGGACUGGGAGUAUUAAAAAAUGGACUGAUUUGGAGGAUACCUUCAGAAGCGAAGAUGAGUUUUUUCCAUCCCAGAUAGGAAGAAAAUCAAAAAGCGCUUUCUACCAAGCGAGUGAUGAUUAUUUAUUUGCUGCUGGUCAGCCUCAGUCACACAACAGCCUUCAAGAGAUAGCAAAAUUCAUCUCGGUCAAUGAGGAUAAUCCAAAGGAAAAUGUUUUACAGAAUAACUGGAGCCACCAGAGAAGAAUGAGGAGAAGAAACACAAGGCACAGGAGAAGCCAGAUGCUUGACGAAUCUGAUGACUGGGAUGGGCUAUAUUCCACAAUGUCGAAAUCCUUUCUUUACAAGCUUUGGAAAGGGAAUGUCUCUUCCAAGAUGCUAAAUCCUCGACUACAGAAGGCAAUGAAAGAUUAUUUGAGCACCAAUAAACAUGGGGUGCGGUUCAAAGGGAAACGAAACUCCAAGCUGACAGGAGACCAGCUUUUCUGUGAGCUAAAACAAAGGGUGAAUGUGAAAACAAUAGAUGGCAAGGAAGCUCCCUUCUCCACUCUUGGAUGGGAAAAGCAUGUUCCCCAAAUUCCACUGGGCAAAUUGUAUACACAUGGCUUUGGGAGCUGUGCUGUAGUUAUGUCUGCUGGUGCAAUACUGAACUCCUCUCUAGGGGAUGAAAUAGAUUCUCAUGACGCAGUUCUGAGAUUUAAUUCUGCUCCAACACGUGGCUAUGAAAAAGAUGUUGGAAAUAAAACAACCAUGCGAAUCAUUAACUCACAGAUUCUCACCAACCCAAACCACCACUUUGUUGACAGCUCUUUGUACAAAGAUGUUAUCUUAGUAGCCUGGGAUCCUGCCCCCUACUCUGCAAAUCUGAAUGUGUGGUAUAAGAAGCCAGACUACAAUCUGUUCACUCCCUAUGUACAGCAUCGCAGGAAGAACCCAAACCAGCCAUUUUACAUUCUUCAUCCAAAGUUUAUAUGGCAGCUCUGGGACAUCAUUCAGGAGAACACUAAAGAGAAGAUACAGCCCAACCCUCCUUCUUCAGGUUUUAUUGGUAUCCUCAUCAUGAUGUCCAUGUGUAACGAAGUGCACGUGUAUGAAUACAUCCCUUCAGUCCGACAGACCGACCUAUGUCACUACCAUGAACUCUACUACGAUGCAGCGUGUACCUUAGGGGCCUACCAUCCACUGCUCUAUGAGAAGCUGUUGGUUCAGAGGAUGAACAAAGGUUUGCAGGAUGAUUUGUAUCGGAAAGGGAAAGUCAUUUUGCCAGGGUUCAAGUCUGUCAAGUGCCCCGAACGGAAUAAUUUCCCACAUUUGUAGAAGAUAAUCUUUCGGAAACAAUGUGCAAUAAGGUACUACUGUUGUACUAUAAACAAGAAGAGAAUACUUGAAAAAUGUAUCUUAGACCAAUCUAGUCUUGAGUCUAUAAAUUGUAAGUAAGUAGCAGGCAUAAGAAAUACUUCUUUUCUGAGCCUGAGUAUUUAUUAUUGCUUUGCAAAUAGUUAAAGAAAAAAAAGCUUAGCUCAUGAAGGGUGCAAAGGACAUAAUUAGGCAGAAAUAUAAUGUAUUGUUGUGGGUGUGAUUGUCAGAAUUUGUCAGUGGUCUCUUAUGCCACAUGUGCUAGAUUGUAACUUUUCUUUAAUGAACUUAUUUAACUGUUAAAUCUGGCAUUGUGAAACAGCCUGUAUUGUUCACAUACAGAGCUGCCAGUUGAACAAUGCAGCAUUUUUCGUGGCUCCAUGGGAUUUUCACACUCUCUAAGAAUGAAGUAAUCACUACUCUGAGCUAUGCAUUCAUCGAUUAGGGUAGACUAAUUCUCAUUCAUCCACAGGCUCAAUUAUAGGCCUCUAGCAAUAUAAGGGGCCUUACGGUGGCUACGAAGUCAAUGCAAGUGGAGAUUGCUGUACACACAGCUAAACCAUUUAAAUGACUGAACAUAUCUUUGAUGUCGGAUCCCCAUUCUGACACCCUGUGAGGCAGAGGGCGAAGAGAAAUUUCCCCUUUCUUCAGAAAGCAAAAAACAUUCUGAACCCAGCCAGGAAAAAUAAUUCUCCCAGGGAGGCCUAUCCAGAGGGUGUAAGCAAGACUGAAUUGAUGCCUUAGGAUGCCUCUCCCCAGUCUGCACAGAUAAAGAAUAGCCACCCAAAGAACACCAGGGGAGGCUGUGUAGCUCACACACCUCACGCUGAAAGCAAACCUAGAUGGAGCUCACCUUUUUAGAGCAAAGAUAGCAUUCAAGUUCACAGGCAUCAUUUGUUAGGUAUUUUGUUGUGAUUCAGAUCAAACUCACUUGUUCACAAGCUCCUGCUUUUAAGAAAGCAUAGGGAGUUUUCUGACAAAGAGGAUAUCAGCAUUUUUUUAUUUCACAUUUGAAAGACUAUACCCCAGAGAAACUGUAAUGCCAACAAAAAAUGACUGUGACUUGCAUAUGGAGAUAAUCUGCUAUUUUCCUUCGUAACAUACAAUGAAGAUAGUCUUUAAGGCCCUUCUAAAUAAACACAUGGAUAUUAAUGCAUUUAAAACAUUAUUUUCCACAUUAACGUUCUCUUUUUUUAACAGCACUGUGCCCUGAGAUACUGUACGCUUUUCUUAGGGUAAGUUCAGGAGAAAGGUUUAUGUAUGUAAAAGCACAGCUAUAUCCAACCCCAGUCCAUUCACUAAAAGGCAGAUAGCUUAAAAAGGCACUGAAAACAGUAGCAGAGUGGAAAGUAUUUUUCGUGUUUGGUCUUAAGCAACAGAAAGGCAAUCGGAGAACGCAAACGCAAUAUUAAUGACUAUUUCCUCUCCAAUAAUAAUGUAAAUAUGAUCACAGAAUCCAUCUCCUCUUACUCUGCUUUUAUGAUUUGAUAAUUUUCCUUCCUCAAGAGCAAAGAAUGUAUUUCCUACAUACAGUUUAGCCUUUGUUUUCCAUCUGGUCAUUUUAUUUGGGUUUUGUGAUCCUCUAGGGUUCCUCUAAUUGACAGAAAGUAUGUCCAGAUGAUCUAAACAUUGUACUUCUGUGUUGUAUGGACAGUAAUGUCCAUAAAUCAUUUUGGUGCAUAUCAAAGUGAAUAGGUUUUAUUCACAUUAGCCUUAGCCUCUGGAUGUAUUACAUACUGACUUUUAAUAUUACAUACAGCAGCAACUUUUACUCUUAAAAGUUAACACUCAUUUAAUCUUGUGGAGAAUAGGUAACCUAAAUAGAACUGAUAAUCUAUUUUUUCCAUGUAUUUGGUUCCCUGUUUGCAAAACAUGAAGUCUGAACAAACUAUCAAACACAUCUCUCGUUCUUAUAUGCUAGGUUAGCUACUAUAUGCUUGUAAAGGAAAUGAGUUAAUUAGUGUUCUAGGUAAUUAAAUAUGCUAGCUAAUGAAUAUGCUGCUUUUCCAUACGCAGGAAUUUCUCAAGUUCUGAAAAAGAUCACAUCACUUUUGACUGAUCUUCAACCACUAACCUUAAACUGUGAUUUCAACAAAGAAAAAUACCAACUGCAUUACUCAGUUAUCCACAGUAGGAUUAUGCUUUAUUACUCUAUCAGUAGUUUGUUGGCAUAGUCCAUAUAGCUGUUGUACAGAGUAAUGCAAAUUCUAAAAGUUUCACGUAACAAAUGCUAAGCAUACUUACUUGAUAAAUCAUUUAAAUAACAGUGCAAAAUCAGGUCUGGCAUGUCAGAAAAUAGAUGAUACUUUUAAUCUAUUUGACUGCACAUGCCAAGCCUUCAACAGAAAUUUUUUCUUUGUCCAUAUGCCCUGACUCUUUCACCUUUGAACAUACUAGGCAACUAAUUCUGUGAGAAUUUGGUGUGUAUCUGCCCAGCUGCGUUCUAAUUUGUAAGGCAGUCAGCAUCCCUUCCACAAGUCAAAAGUCAAUGUGGGCGCCAUCACCUUAGGAGACGCCUGUGCUACAAGCUCUUGCUUGCUCACAGAGGAAGACGAUUAACCUGUGAUGUCCAUCCUCUUGAAAAAAAGCAGGCAUCCUUAGAGUGGCUUCUGAACACUGGUUUCCACUGUGAUAGUUCACUGGUCUGUCUGCUCAAACAUCUUAUGAUUGCUUAAAAGAGUUUACUCCUCCUGCCUCAUCUUGUCCAUACAAGUGUACCCGAUUUGCUCACCUCCACCUUGUGCAAGGCAGCAAGGGGCAGAAAUAAAGGGGGAACAUAAAGGUCUCUAAAGAGGUGCUGAGACCACCAGCUUGCACAUUCUGUGGUUUUGGCAUUGGUGGCUUUUAUAGGAGACUACCAAGUAUUUUUGCAUUUGUGUGCAUUUCUUCUGCCCUGUGAAGACAGAGAUCUUUACAAAGGAUCAGCUUCAGUCAAUUUAAAACAGUGAUUUAGCACUGAAUUGAACACUGAAUCUGCGUAUCUUUUAAUAAUAGUAACUUAUGAGAGUUUUGUUUUUACAUACAUACAUAUAUUAAAUGCAGCUAAUGUGAAAGGAAACGCAUUUUCCUAUCCAGAUCUUGGGGGUUUUGGAAAAUAGAUAAAAUCAUGGCUUUGCAGCUCUCCUGCAUGGCUAUCACACAGUAAGAGAGGGCAAUGCCAGCAUAGACGAGAUCUGCACAAACAUGGCUCUGCAUAUGUCAUCAGCAAAGCAAAUACCAGCGCUGGUUGACACCUUGGGUACCGUUCACAUUUGUUACAAUGCUGCAGGCUUUAAAUUUAGUGGGGGGGGUACUGAUAAAUAGGAAUAAAUUGCCUUCAAAAGCUAGAGAGCCUCAUUUUGUGCCCUGGUACUGUGAACAGCAGUUGCACUUGAUUAAAACAAAAUAGAAACACAGCAGCAGCUUAAGUAAAUGUGCUGAAUUUAUGUUGAAUUGCAUUAUGCUGUUUUUUCCACUGUGAAUUCUGUAGCUUUUCUGACUUGUGGUGCUCUGUUAUUUUUGCAUUCAGCCUUCGGAUGGUUAAAUCAAGGUACUCUUCUGUUUAUUAAAGACAAACAAUGAAGAGAUUUUGUCUCAUUUGGAGCCAAAGUCUUCAUCCUAGAAAAGGUUAUUUCAUUGUUCCAUUCAUUUGUGGUUCUAAAGCUUACCUGGGCAUAACCUCACAGUCAGGCAGUCCUUCCAUGGACUAUACUACUAAGAGUUCUUUCUUCUCCUUACCGUGCUGGUGAAACUCUGAUAAAGUCAGGGAAGUUACAAUGAUACAAAAAGUAUGUACCUUUAGAGAAAGACAUACGAUUUACAUCCUCUGACUGAUCUACACUCAAUCUGCACAAAUUUACCUAAAUCAUUGCAUGUCUUUGGUUAGGACACUUUCCUUGGUGACAUCCGAAUUUUGUACUGCUGUAGACCUCUUGCCAAACUCAUCAAACCAAAACAUUUUUUUCCUGAAUGAAGACAAGUGUCUACACUAAAUAGUUGCACAGAUUGAACUCAAUCAUUUUAGAGAUGGAUUGAAAUAAAUCGGAAUUCAAAACACAUGCAGACUAAUCCAAUUCAUAGUGAUAUUUUUUUUCAUUUCCUUCUACGUUAGUUCUUAAGGAUAGGAAAUGCCAUUUGGACAGUAACACCGAGGCACAGUGAAAUGAGUAUUAGAUGCAUUGAUUGCAAAAAUAAAUGGCUAGCAUUUCUCUGUUUGUGUUCUCUAAAGUUCAUGGGUAUUGAACAAAAGGAAUUGUUUUUUGAAGUAGGUCUUUCAGAAGACUGUCAUUAGAAAACAUCUAAAAUUUUCCUGAGAGCUAUCCUCUCACACACAAGGAAGAUAUCUGAUUUAACUGUUUGAACUUUAAAGUAGCCCAUGUCUGGGCCUACCUGCAUCAUUAAAUAGCUUUUGACACUGCAAAUUUUGUCUGUCUGGCUUAGUGAUCAGGUUCAAUGUUUUGUUCUUGAAAUAAAAGUUGUGUGUAAAAGCCUUACAUUUAUCCAUAACAUCCCAUCACUCUUACGAUAUGUAGUCAUAGAAUUAUUCAAAUAUAGACUGUGUACUUUUUUAAUAGCUUUGAGAAUUUUUU